GGCAACUUGCUAGCUGUGCUGCUAGCUUCCUAAAAUACCAGCCUGAAGCCCUUUGCUUUGUAUGGAAGCGGUCAGGAACAGUGACGGGGUUCAUGUUACACCUAGCCGGAGAUAAUGAAGAACCUUAUUGUGCUGUUACUACUGUUCCUGAACAUACAACAUGCCAUAUCAGCCCCCAAAGGCGUCACUGCCAGUCUCAAAGCAAAGUGGACAAUGACGCCUUUCCUCUUGGAGACGAGCGAGUUUAUUGGAGAAGAUGGGAAUGAGAAAUUCUGGCAUUUUGUUGACACUGUGAAAGAGCUCACUGUAUACAAGCAAGGAGAGUCUGUGCGCUCCUACUACAACCUGAUCAUUAAGAAGGCAGGCCAGUUCCUCACAGAUCUUCAGAUUAACCUCCUCAAAUUUGCUUUGGCCCUACGAUCAUACUCACCAGCUGUUCAUGCAUCCCAGCAGAUAGCCAGGGAUGAGCCUCCACCUGAGGCUUGCCCUGCCUUUGUCUCCAUCCACGGUCAACAAAGCUGCAGCACCAAGGACGUCAAAAAGCUCCUGAAGGCAGCAGCAGGCAGGCCCAAACCACAUUUGUACAAGCAUGAUCAUACAUAUCCAGGGGCCAAUAAAACAGAUGUGCCAGUCGUGAUCCUCUAUGCUGAGAUUGGAACAAAGAAGUUCACCUCCUUUCAUAAGGUGCUGUCAGAGAAAGCUGAAGAGGGCUCUCUUUUAUAUGUGCUGCGGCAUUUUGUGGCGAAUCCAAAGCCUCAAAAGAUGCUUUUAUCUGGGUAUGGUGUGGAGUUGGCUAUCAAAAGCACAGAAUACAAAGCCGUGGAUGACACCAAAGUAAAAGAUUCAAAGACCGUCACGAAUGCUGAGGAGGAUAACAACGAUGAAGUCCAAGGAUUUGUUUUCGGAACGCUGAAGAAAUCUCACCCUGAACUCCAGGAACAACUCCUAGAGCUUCGCAAACAUCUCCUGGAGAGCACCAAUGACAUGAUCCCUCUCAAAGUGUGGGAAAUGCAAGAUCUUAGUUUCCAGGCAGCUGCCAGAAUCAUGUCCGUGCCAAAAUUUGAUGCCUUGAAGCUCAUGCGGGAUCUCAGUCAGAACUUCCCAAGCAAAGCCAGAUCACUGACAAGAGUGGCCGUAAAGCAGGAAAUGAGAAAAGAAAUUGAGGAGAACCAAAAGCGUCUCAGUGAGACCGCUGGUGUUCACUCUGGAGACGGGGAGCUCUUCAUCAACGGGCUGCACAUUGAUCUGGACGCUCACAACCCUUUCAGUAUAUUGGACAUCCUCAGAGGAGAAGCAAGGGUGCUGGAGGGGUUUCAUAACCUAGGCAUCAAAGGAGAGCAUCAGGGAAAGCUGCUGAGGCUACCUGUAAAUGCUGUGGAUGAGAGCUAUGCCUUAGAUAUCAGACAUCCAGCUAUAAUGUGGGUUAAUGACAUAGAGAAUGACCCAACAUACCGCAGCUGGCCAACCGGUGUACAAGAGCUCCUCAGGGCCACCUUUCCUGGAGUCAUCCGGCAGAUCAGGCGCAAUUUCUUCAACCUGGUUCUGUUCCUGGAUCCAGCACGAGAAGAGAGUGUUGAGUUGGUGAAACUAGCAGAGCUUUUCUACAAGCACAAGAUCCCCCUGAGAAUUGGAUUUGUGUUUGUUGUCAACAUCAGAGAUGAGAUUGAUGGCUUCUCAGAUUCAGGGGUUGGAUUUUACCGACUUCUAAAUUACAUUGGGGACGAGUACGAUUUAUCCCAGGCCCUAAUUUCUAUGUUCUCAUUGUACAACAGAGUAGACAUCGGGGAGUCGCUGUCUGUUGAAACAAUCUCUUCUUACCUGAUAAACAAAUUCCCUAAAGCCAGUGCUGAAAGGAUUCUAGGAGUAGAAUCCGAGUAUGAUGACAAAAGAAAGGAUGGCGCCCUGUUCUACAAAAAGAGUGGCCUGGGUGCUCUGCCUCUGGCUUUAUUUAAUGGAGUUCCUCUGAGCCCUGAUGAGAUGGAACCAGACGAGCUGGAAACUAUCAUCCUGCAGCGCAUAAUGGACACAACCACUUCUUUUCAGAGAGCUGUCUUUAUGGGUCAGUUGACUGAGGGAUCAGAUGUUGUGGACUACCUAAUGGAGCAGGCCAACGUGGUCCCCAGGAUGAACCCUCUUAUUCUAAGCACAGAGCGAAAGUACCUUGACUUUACCUCCACCCCAGCUGUUGAUGACUGGGAAGACACAACUAUGUUUUCAUACUUGGACUCCAGAGACAAAACAGCUGUGAUGGCUAAGAGAAUGAAGUAUUUCACAAAUAGCGGCGAGGACGGGAUGAGUGCUGUGACCAUGUGGAUAGUUGGUGAUCUUGAGAAGGUAUCAGGAAGGAAGCUUUUGCUCAAUGCUCUGAAACAUGUGCAGAAGGCCAGCCCUGGAGUGCGUGUGGGGGUGAUAGAUAACCCCAGCGGAAAGCCCAGCGACGAUAACACUGUGCUGUACAGGGCUCUCUGGGCUUCUCUCAUCACCCAGAAGAAUAAGGCUGCAGCAGAGUUUGUGCAAAAACUCCUUAAAGAGGAGAGCAGCCAGCUCCUCCAACAAGGGACCAAGAUGAAGGAUUUACUGAUGCAGGGCAUGGACAAAGAUGCCUUUGAGAAAAAGUUCAACACACUGGAAGUGGAUUUCAUCCGCAGUCAGCAGCUGUUUUGUCGAGAAGUCCUGAAACUGAGGCCUGGACAGCAGGCAGUGAUUAGCAACGGCAGGAUCCUUGGUCCGUUUGAAGAGCAGGACGAAUUCAGCCUGGAGGAUUUCCACUUGCUGGAGAAGAUAACACUGAGUGGUGCUGCAGAGAAAGUCAAAGCCAAAGUGAAGCAGAUGGGGAUGAAGCCAAAGCAUGCCAGUGACUUAAUCAUGAAAGUCGAUGCCCUCCUCACUGCAGCCCCCAAAGGAGAGGUCAGGAGAGAUGUCGCCUUUAUCAAAGACAGCCACAGCGUGCUCCGACUGUCCCCACGAGAAGAUGAGGUGCUCUAUGAUGUUGUGGCCAUCGUUGACCCGCUCACUCGGGAGGCACAGAAGAUGUCAUCUCUGCUGAUUGUGCUCAGUCAAGUGGUCAAUGUGAGACUGCAGGUGUUUAUGAAUUGCAGGGCCAAGUUGUCCGAGAUGCCCCUCAAGAGCUUUUACCGCUUUGUCUUGGAGUCUGAUGUAAAUUUCUUGGCCAACGACACCGUUUCUCCAGGACCAGUUGCCCGCUUCACAGAGCUCCAAGAGUCUCCCCUCCUCACCCUCAAUAUGAUCACACCAGAGAGCUGGAUGGUGCAGGCUGUCCGCAGCCCCCAUGACUUAGAUAACAUCCACCUGCAGGAGGUAAGCGGGGUUGUGACAGCGGAGUAUGAGCUGGAGCACCUCUUGCUGGAGGGUCACUGCUUUGACCUGUCGACUGGGCAGCCUCCCCGAGGACUGCAGUUUACCCUGGGCAUGAGUCAGGACCUUCUUAUGUACGAUACUAUCGUCAUGGCUAACCUGGGAUAUUUCCAGCUGAAAGCCAAUCCUGGUGCCUGGAUCCUGAGAUUACGAAAAGGGAGAUCAGAGGACAUCUAUCAGAUUCUCACGCACGAUGGAACUGAUUCCCCUGCAGACGCUGGAGAUGUCAAAGUUGUGCUUAACAGUUUCCACAGUAAGAUCAUCAAAGUCAGAGUGCAGAAAAAGGCAGAUAAGAUCAAUGAAGAUCUUUUAAGUGAAGGUGGUGAAAGCAAAGGAAUAUGGGACUCCAUAGCAAGCAUUACGGGUGGAAGCUCAAAGAAAAAUGACGGAGAGAAGAAGAAAGAGGAUAUUCUCAACAUAUUUUCUGUGGCCUCGGGCCAUCUGUAUGAGCGUUUUCUGAGAAUAAUGAUGCUGUCGGUCCUUCGGCACACCAAGACACCUGUAAAGUUCUGGUUCCUCAAGAAUUACCUCUCCCCAUCCUUCAAGGAGACCAUCUCUGACAUGGCGGAGAAGUACAGCUUUCAGUACGAGUUGGUUCAAUACAAGUGGCCUCGCUGGCUCCACCAGCAGACUGAGAAGCAGCGGAUUAUCUGGGGAUACAAGAUCCUCUUCCUCGAUGUUCUAUUCCCUUUGGCUGUGGACAAGAUCAUCUUUGUCGACGCUGACCAGAUCGUUCGGGCUGAUCUGAAGGAGUUGAGGGAUUUAGACCUGGAGGGGGCUCCGUAUGGCUACACACCGUUUUGUGAUAGCCGCAGGGAGAUGGAAGGCUAUCGCUUCUGGAAAUCUGGCUACUGGGCCUCACAUCUGGGACACAGGAAAUACCAUAUCAGUGCACUGUACGUCGUAGACUUGAAGAAGUUUCGGAAGAUUGCAGCCGGGGACCGAUUAAGAGGCCAGUACCAAGCCUUGAGCCAAGACCCCAACAGUCUGUCCAACCUGGACCAGGACCUUCCAAACAAUAUGAUCCACCAGGUGGCCAUCAAGUCCCUCCCACAGGAGUGGCUUUGGUGUGAGACAUGGUGUGAUGACACUUCCAAAGUCACAGCUAAGACUAUAGACCUUUGCAAUAACCCAAAGACCAAGGAGCCCAAGCUAACAGCUGCAGCGAGGAUAGUGCCUGAAUGGGUUGAAUAUGACAAUGAGAUAAAACAGCUGCUGAGACGAGUCCAGGAGCAGGAAGACGCAGAAACGCACCAACAGACUCGCUCUCCUUCACAAACUCAAAAAGAAAACCAGCGAGAUGAACUUUAACGUCUGCCAGCACUCGCUGAACACAGACGAGGCAGCUCCUUCUGCAUGCAGGCCACCUGCGAAGCUCCAAGACAGACAAUUCCAUCUAAACAUAGCCACACAGUGUUGUUGUUGUUGUGCAUCUCCCCAGCCACAGAAGGAGGAGAUAUUUUCAGAGAUGCCAUACCUGCUUCUGCAGUCAACACGUCUUACAAAUUAACACGUGAUCUAAGUGUUACCUGCCAACUGUGAACUGGCUUUCCACACUACAGGCUGCUCCCAGUUACCCAGAGAAUGAAGCAAACAGAGAGAGUCAAAGGAGGGAAAACAUAAUUUAAAGCAGUUUGUUAGGUGUAUGUGUGUGUGUGUUUUGGAAGAAGUAGCCUGCCAUAUUUUGCACUGAUAAUGUCUGCAAAGAAUCAGUUAGAGAAGGCACAUCUCUAAGAGUCCAAUCUCACAUUGUGAUGGUUUUUUUUGUUUUUUAGUGUAAAAAUAUUUCAAAAGCAAAUCAUUUUUGGUAUUUUUUAAUUUGAUAUGGCUGAUAUGAAGACUUAGACUAUGCAUUGACUGAAAAAAAACCCAAACCAAAGUAAUUACUGACUUUAAAAUUAAUGUUUUUAAUGUUCAGACUAGCUGUGAAGUCGUCACAUGAUUUGCAUUUUUUCCUCAUCUACAGGGGAGUCGGUCUGACAUUAGGAAGAGAAGGUUUUCAUUUUUAUUUUCCAUCAUUUUUGUCUCAGUUUGGAGGGGUUCUAAUAUUUAGACUAAAACCUCAUCUGAACAUACCCUUUUUUGCAGCAGGGAAAAAUAUCUCUUACGUCUCCAUCUGCUGCCCCAGAACACAGCUGGUUUGUUUCUUUAUUGGAUUCAUAUUGCUUAUUUGAUUUGAAUUAUGAAAUACAGUUGGACAUAUUUGAACACACAACACCAUCAGAAAGGAGUUAGAUCUUUUUGUAAUAUACUGUAUAUGAGAUGAAGAUUUUGUAGUGGUAAAGCCUUUCAGUGACCCAAUGCCUAUCAACAGCUCCAGUUCUUAUCUCUCAGCUUUUGAAUCAGGAUAAGGAAGCCGUAGUAGUUGUGUUUUCCUUCUUCUUUUUUCCCCCAAAGUGUUUGUUUGAGGUCUUGCAUGUUUUCCCUGUUGAUGAGGAAUGUCCAAUGACACAAAAAGUUACGCAUACUGAGGGUCCUGUCAUUUAAAAAAAACAUAGAUAAAUUCAGCCUGCUACCACAAACCAAUAACUUCCCUACUUGCCCCUUUAAACAGGAGUGUCCUUGGAACAAGAUUUAGAAAAUGUAAUUUACUGUUUGCUUCAUCCUCCUCCAGCCCCAAAGCAGCAGUCUAAUAGUACCUUAACUCACUUUGCAUGCUUACUGUGCCUUCUCUGUAGUUGUCAUCUUGAACUAUUUAAAGCUCUUGUUAGGACUUUGUUGGUGGUUGUGAAACAGACUGAAAUUAAUGUUGAUACCUCUUUAUGGACUGCAAAAGCAAUCCCGACCAUCAGAUAGACAAUUGAUUAUUUCUAUAGAGUUAUUUGGAAUGUCUGAAACCCCUGCUGGGUAGGUGUCAGGCAGAGUCGCAGCAUGCAGCACAAACCGGCUUGUUUUUUUAUUCUUUACAUUUUCUACUUCAAAGAUUCACUUAAAAAAACACCUCUUACACAUGGACUAAAUCAGCAAAGCUUUAAAGGGCACUGAGUGGUCAACAGGGGGAGCAGUGUUACAUCAACACUGCUGCUGUCUGUCAAAGUGCAGCAUGAAUCAUCAGCAGGACUGACCUUCUGCUUGGACGUGUAGCUAUCGAGCUUUAGUAUGAGUAUUAUAGUGUUAUAGUAUGGAUGAAGGUACAUAAGAUCAUUUUACAGAGUAAAUAGACUAAAUUGAUUUCUGACUGACAAAAUCGAGAAUCCAGUUUGGUUGUUUGUUUUUUUAACUGAAAAUUUGAGCGAUAAAUCUGACUUAAUGUUACAAUUUUCAUUGCUAAAAAUCUUGACACGCAUGGUAGUAUUUGGGGCAGUUGGCGUAAGUGAAUUAGUUGUCCAUCCCAUUUGCACACAAAGGUCAUAGUUUAAGGGUAAAGUAUUUGAUUUUAAAUUAUGACUCCAUGUUUACAUUACUUGUGCAUAUUCAGCCACCAUGAAUUUAAUUUAAGGAUUAUUUUUCAACAUUUCAAUUUGAUAACGUACCAGUGUUUGUCUCAGGAAUAAUAUGGACGAUGCUGCUUAACUGAAGCCAACUGUCAUUUUUUUGUCUUAAGUCAACAAACGAGUGAAGGGGGUCUGCUCUCAGAUCACCUGUCGUUCACUGUGAUGUGUUAAAGACAUAUUUAUAUCACUGUCUGGUAGAAAAAUAAAUCUUUGCUAUUAAACCUUUA